AUGGCGAUGAUAAUGGAUGCAUUUGCUGGGAAGCUGGUGGAGAGGCUCACAAAUGUCAUUGAAGAGAAGGCCAUCAUGGUGUUAGGAGUCAAGGAUGAGCUUCAAAGACUCCGGCGGAGGAUGGAGAGGAUUGCACGUGUGCUCAAGGAUGCUGAAAGGAGAAGGAUACAAGACGAGACUGUCAAAGGAUGGGUCGAUGAGCUGAAAGAUUUGAUGUACGAUGCCGAUGAUAUCAUAGAUCUGUGCAUGAUACAAGGUACUGGGCUUUUGCAAGAUGAUGAUCAUCAUUCUCAGCUGGCUGAGUCAAGUGCUACUGUCUCAACAAGGGUACGCUGUAACUUUCCCCUGUUUUCUUGUGUGCGUAGUGUGCCAGUUCGCUAUGAGAUUGCUGAUAAGAUUAAAAGUCUCAAUGAUAGAUUAGCAGAGAUAUCUGAGGAUAAGGAUAAAUUUAAUUUUAUAAUUUCUUCUAAAUCAGACGAUGCAUAUGUCAGAAAUGAAGCUUCUUAUCUUCAAAGUUCUUUCCUAUUAGAAUCUGACAUUGUGGGUUGGGAUAUUAUAGAUGCCACUAAAUGUCUUGUUGAUUUAUUGGUCGACCAUCAUGAAGAGAAAUGCCGCCUUCUUGCCAUUGUUGGCAUGGGGGGCAUAGGCAAAACCACUCAUGCACAAUUGAUAUAUAAUGAUUCCAAGAUAAAUGAUGAUUUUGUGUUGCAAUCAUGGAUUUGUGUUUCAAAAUUCUACACAUCAAGGACCGACUUGCUGAAGGAACUCAUAAGAAAUGUUGGAGGUACUUGUGGAGAGUCAACGACAGUUGCAGAGUUACAAAAAAUACUUUGUGAUGUCUUGCAUAGGAAGAGCCUAUUUCUAGUUUUGGAUGAUGUUUGGGAUGCAGAUGUAUGGCUUAAUUUAAUUAAAAAUCCAAUAGAAAGAGCAACAACAAAAUGCAGAGUCUUGGUCACCACAAGAGACAGAAAUACUGGUAUAAAAAUGGGGGCAAUUCACAUCCAUAAUGUCAGCAAAUUGCCGUUGAAUUUUGGUUGA